AUGAAUUCCCGCCUUUUUGUGACCGACGGAGAAGGCGGCUCGGCUGGGAUUUUAGUGAAGUUGUUGGAGCAAGAGGAGGCGUUUGAGCACGAGCUGUCGUGGGGAUUAGGCGGCCCCUCCCCAGUGGAUCCGCCUGAGAGCCCCUCCGGAUUACGGUGGCAUGGACCCGGUUCCGUGACAAUGCUGCCCUUUCUAUUGCUACUUUUUGAGCGCUAUCCCACCCAAGCCCAUGAGCACUACGACAAGGCCAUCAAGCUCGACCCGUCCAACAUCACCUUCUACACCAACAAGGCCGCCUGCUACUUUGAGGAGCAGAAGUUUGACAAGUGCAUCGAGCUCUGCAAGAAGGCCGUAGAGAUCGGGCAGCGCGAGCAGUCUGAAGCAUUGCCGCUAUUACAUUCUGAUGGGUCGGCGAAGAAGCCUGAGCUGCCCGCCCAAAGCCACAAACCGACUUGCAUCUCCACGAUCGAUGAGCCGCCCGAAUACGAAGGCGAGGCUGAGUAUCAGGAUUGGUCGUCCUCACCCGAGCAGCUUGAACUUCCGAUUGCCACGCCGACUCAAACGAAGUCACCCCAGAAUGAUGAGGCGGUUCCAGUCACUACAAGGGUCACGGAAGAAGAGAAGCCAACGAUCGGUCCCAAGAAGCAGAAAACGGCUGCUCCCGUCCAAGAAUUUCAAGCUGCCACGCCGAACGUUCCCGCGCAAACGUUCCCGAACGAGUCGUUGCCCAAGCAUCCCUCCGCUGUCGGUGAGGAGAAACCGCAUAUUGUCGCGGAGAAGAACACAGCAACCUUUGGCUCGUCUAUCACCGAAACAGUAUCGCCUAACAAGGACGAGAGCGUCGCAGUUGAACCGGAAGAGGUGCCGAUUGCUUCAACAAGCCAAAAAGAGAGAUCACCGAAGAAAGAGGCUGCAUCUCCAAUCAAGUCUCCGAGGGAGCGAACACCGAUCAAGCUGCCCGUUGAGCCUCCCUACAUCUACAAUUUUCAAGUGGGAGAGUGCUCACUGGAUGAGCUUUCGGAUCAUGUACUGUAUGGUGCCGCCGUUACGGGAGUACGUCAGCUCGACCUCACUAUCGAAGCAGCAUAUCACGUCAAAGGUGGCACCGUUCGAGGCUUUCACUUUGAAAAUGUCGGCCGCCUUCCGCGUGUCGGGCAGGCCAAUCGAGAAUUGUUCCUUGCCAGUCAGCCCCAACGAGUCGGCAUUUUGGCCGGUCGUCAAUUGGAGGGGGAGGACGAUGCCCAUACCGAU